AUGGCGACGAUCUUCCUCAAUGUAAUGGCAGCCUUGAAAGAGUUAUCUUUAUUCAAACAUGAGACGCACGUCAACUGAAAGCUGGUACAGAUCAAGCAGCAGUUGGAGCAGGGGCAGUCUGUCCAGGGGGGGUUAUUGACCUACAUGCUCGUCCAGCAGGAGAUGACCCUGGAGGAGAUUUACGCAAACACGUCAGAGGUGCUGCUGACAGGCGUCGAUACGACUUCCUUCACAUUAUCUUGGCGCACAUACCUACUGGCCAGGUAUCCUGCUAUUCAGAGGCUUGUGUAUGAAGGGAUUGUUCACAAGCUUGGAUCCGAUGUGACCCCCACGGCUUCGGAUCUGUCCAAAUUACCUCUGGUCUGAGGACCCCUCAAGGAAACAUUGAGACUGUCCCCUGUCCUUCCCGGAAAUGGUUGGAUCACCCAGGAGGACAUGAUUGUCGGUGGAUACUUUAUUCCAAGUGGGACUCUGCUUGCCCUCUGCCACUACGUGACAUCUCACAGCAACGAGGCUUUUGAAAAGCCCAGAGAGUUUCAGCCUCACCGCUGGCUGCGGAAGACUGACACGGAUCGCGUGGAUAACUUCGGAACAAUCCCGCUCGGUGACGGGGUGCGGAGCUGUGUGGGGCGGAGGAUCGCGGAGUUGGAGAUACACCUAGUGCUUCUCCAACUCCUGCCAGCAUUUGAGGUCCACUUGGCUCCCAACACCGGAACAGUUUGUACCAAAAUCCAAGGCCUAUUGGGUCCAGGGAAGCCUAUCAACCUCAAGUUUGUGGACAGGAAGUAA